AUGUUCUCUACUAUAUCUACGGCGCCUGCUAAGCAGUCUGUCAGCGAGACGAUCUCGACGUUGAGCAGUCGACUCAGCUCAGCAACCCUCCUCGAGGACCGAAGAGCAGCUAUCCUUGGUCUACGCAGCUUUGCCAAAGACUAUCCGGCGUCUGUGUCAUCCGGUGCGCUAAGAAGUCUGAUUGGAAGCUUGAAUAAAGACGGCGAGGAUGUAGACACGGUCAAGGUGGUCCUCGAAACUCUCCUGAUGCUGUUCAACCCGAAUGCGGACAGCCCAGAAGCUUCAGACGAGGUGGCAUUGUGGAUGGCUGACGAAUUCACACAACGUGCGGAGAACAUCACCUUGCUACUGGACUUUCUGGAAAACAACGACUUUUACGGUCGGCUAUACUCGCUUCAAUUGCUCGCCGCCAUCUCCAAUGCUAGGGCAGAACGCACAAAGGAGUGCAUCUUCACGGCUCCCUCUGGUAUUCCACGGCUCGUGGCGGCGCUGGACGACCAGCGAGAGGCUGUCCGGAACGAGGCCGUCACCCUGCUGAUCUACUUGACCCACAACUCGAUCGACAUCCAGAAGCUCGUUGCUUUCGAAAACGCCUUUGACAGAAUCUUCAACGUCGUCGCUGCGGAUGGCUCACUCGCGGAAGGAGGGCGGUCUGUAGAAGACUGUUUCAUUCUUCUCGUCAACCUCCUCCGGCGCAACAAGACCAAUCAAUCGCUCUUCCGGGAAUCAGGUUGCAUCGCCAAGCUAGCAGAGCUUCUCGCGCAACUGUUGGAAGCCCAAAGCCAGGAACCUGAGAUCGCCGAGUGGGCCUUGGCGCAACGUAAUCGCAAUCUAUAUGCCUUCCUGGCGGUGGUUCGCCUAUUUCUGACCGGAUCCAAGGGCACCGCGCAGAAUCAAGCUGCAUUCUGGAAGCAAGGCUUGGCAUUCAGUGUCCUGCAGCUCGCGUUCAGUCAUGAGGCUCACGCGACGAUCAAAGGCGAGGCCUUGGUGACUGUUGGCGACUUGAUUAGGAGCAACGCCAGCAUGCAAGAGACCUUUGCCCAGCUCAUGGUGACGGCACCCCUCCAAGAAAUCCAUGACAACGACGACAAGACAAACGGGCAUGCAAAAGUCUACGUGAUUGACGGUCUGCUCGACCUUACGCUAAGUGUUCAGGAUCUAGGGGCAUUCGACGUCCGCUUUGCAGCUUGCGAGUGUCUAAAGGCUUACUUUUCGAAUCACGCCGAAGUGAAGGCGCAUUUCCUGUCCAGAGCCAUUGAGGGUCAUCAGUCAGGGAACGAUGAGGUGACUAACGUCUUGACUGUGUUGUUAAACCCAGCAGCAGUCCUUUCACCCAGUGACCCAUAUCGCCUGUGGUUUGCGGCCGUGAUCGCGUUCCACCUCCUCUACGACAAUCCCAUCGCCAAGUCGAAGGCGUCUGCUCUCACAGAGGGUGACGCAGAGAACGGCGAGGAGGUGGUGACAAGCAUCCAGACGGUGGCGGCCCAUCUUGUGGCGGGCCUGCGUCGCGAUGACGACCCGCGAAUCCUGGUGGGCUACUUGAUGCUGUUGCUUGGUUGGUUGUACGAAGACAUUGACGCCGUCAACGACUUUCUCAGCGAGGGCAGCAACAUCCAGAGCCUCAUCCAGGCAAUCUUGCAACCGGUAGUUUCUGGAGGCGACCUCGUGCAAGGGCUCUGCACUAUGCUUCUGGGCGUAGCGUAUGAGUUUUCCACACGAGAUUCACCCAUACCACGCGCCACCCUUCAAACAAUACUACUGUCGAGGCUUGAUCGCGACACGUACCACGACCGCCUCAACGAGCUACGCAGUCAUCCAUUGGUCCGCGACUUCGAGGUCAUUCCGCAAAAGGCCGACGAGUCUGGGACAUUGCCCGAGGUCUUCCUUGACAGUAUCUUUGUGAACUUUCUCAAGGACAAUUGCAGCCGCAUCACGCGCUGCAUAGAUCGGGAACCAGGGUUGGAGAUCUCCGUGAUCAACAAUGGCGUGCAAAAAGGCAUUUCACGUGAAUUGGUCGACUCGCUGCGCGCUCAGCUAAGCGACAAGGACAAAGCGUUGGAGGAUGCCCAGCUCGCCGUGACAGCGCUGGAGAACCAGCUUGGUCAGGAGAAGACGGAGCAUCGGCGCGCCGCAGACCUGAUCGCUGUCGACCUCAACAAAGCAAAGGAAGAGAUGACGGCCAUGGCAAAGGCCCACGAGGCCGAGUUGAGGAAGUUGCAGACGCAGCACACAGCCAAGGAUGCUGCUGUCGAGAAGCAAAUGGAGCAGCUGCGAUCUCAGAUUUCUGCCAAGGAGGCUGACCUGCAAAGACAGCUCGCGGCGCGCAACUCAGCCUUUGAGAAGCAGUCUGAACAGUUGAAGAACCAACACGCUGCCAAAGAGGCAGAGCUGCAGAAGAAGCUCGCUGCGCAACAAGCGGAGGUCGAGAAGAAGCUCAAAGCGCAGCAGACGGACAUUGAGAAGAAACACAAGGCACAACAAGCCGAGAGCGAAAAGAAACUGACGACGCAAAUAUCCGAGAAGGACAAGGAGCUGUCUAAACUACGCGAACAACUCAAAUCCAAAGACACAGAGCUCGAUGAGAAGGUGGCGCAGGUCAAGAAGACCGCUGAAACGGAAGCGGAGCGUCUACAACGACGAACCGAAGCCGAGGUCGCCGAUCUCAAGGCCACUAUAAGCCGACUAGAAGUCGAUCUGAUGAAGGCCAACAAGACCAAGAGCCAAGAGCUGCAGGCCCUAAAGGACGAGCACACCAAGGCCCUGGCCAAUCCCAACAAGCAGGUGAAAGAGGCAGAGGCAGAAGCCAAGAAACUCAACAAGAAGAUCAAGGACCUUGAAACGAAGAUGAAGGAUCUGGAAUGUGAACUUGAAGAAGCACACAAGGCUUCCGAUACCGCGGGUACCAAGGCCAGAAAGGCCGAGUCCGAAAAGUCAGAAGCUAUCAAGGCGAAGGAUUCUACGCAAUCUGAGCUCGAUGAUCUCCUCAUGGUAUUUGGUGAUCUUGAAGAGAAGGUCGCCAAGUACAAGGCUCGCUUGCGGGAGCUGGGCGAGACGGUCUCCGAUGGGGAGGAUGAUGAAGAUGGAAGUGACGACAGCGACGUCGACUAG